UGUAGCACGCUCAUACACACAGACUGGAACAGACUAAGGGAAAGCGAGAGAAAAACAGACGCACUAUAAAAUACGCAACAAUAGCAGCUGUUGAAGCUCAAACCACCACAAGAGGUUGCUCUCCAGGAUGGCUGGGAUGAAGGAGCAGCAAUUUACUGAGGAGAAACCCCUACUACCGGAGCAGAGAGGACAAGAUACUGAGAUGAGAGACCAAGGGCGGUGUGUGAACGCACUCCCCUGCGCAAGCCCUGCGCCACUCACCGCCCCCUCUUCCUCAAGCCGCCCCCCACAACGGUGGCAUGUGAUCGCGCGGCACUGGCUCCACCAGACCCGCAAUCGGACCAGUGGGUGCAUCCCGGAGAACUGUGAGACCCUGAUGCCAAUUGGAGACUGGAAGGAACAUGACAUUGAGACUCCGUAUGGGAUGCUUCAUGUGGUUAUUCGUGGGGCCCCCAAAGGAAACAAGCCUGCCAUCCUCACCUACCAUGAUGUGGGGCUUAACCACAAGUUGUGCUUCAACAGCUUCUUCCACAACGAGGACAUGCAGGAGAUCACCAAGCACUUUGUGGUGUGUCAUGUGGAUGCUCCUGGACAGCAGAUUGGAGCCUCUCAGAUGCCACAGGGGUACCAGUACCCCACCAUGGACCAGCUGGCAGGCAUGCUGCCCAGUGUAGUGCAGCACUUUGGAUUCAAGAGCAUUGUGGGCAUUGGAGUUGGGGCUGGCGCCUACAUCCUGGCCAAAUUUGCUCUGAUCUUCCCUGAUCUGGUGGAGGGCCUGGUGCUGCUCAACAUCGACCCCAACGGGAAGGGCUGGAUCGACUGGGCCACCGGCAAGCUCUCUGGGCUCACCAGUGCUCUUCCAGACACAGUCCUGCCCCACCUCUUUAGCCAGGAGGAGCUGAUGAACAACACAGAGCUGGUCCAGAGUUACCGUCAACAGAUCAACAACACCAUCAACCAGGUCAACCUGCAGCUCUUCUGGAACAUGUACAACAGCCGUAGGGAUCUGGAGAUGAACCGCUCUGGGACCAUCAUCAAUGCCAAGACCCUGAAGUGCCCUGUCAUGCUUGUUGUUGGUGACAACGCUCCAGCUGAGGAGGGAGUGGUUGAAUGUAAUUCCAAACUUGACCCGACCAACACCACCUUCUUAAAGAUGGCUGACUCUGGUGGACUUCCUCAGCUCACACAGCCUGGAAAACUGUCCGAAGCAUUCAAGUACUUCCUUCAGGGGAUGGGCUACAUGCCCUCUGCCAGUAUGACCCGUCUGGCACGCUCCCGGACGGCCUCGCUGACCAGUGGCAGCUCUAUUGAGAGCUCUCGUAUCCGGGGUUUUACACACACUGACAGCAACGAGGGCCAGCCCUCCACCUGCGCCCGCCCUCCUACACUCAGACCCAUAGCCUCAUCUGCCCCCUCCCACACUCAUCCGCUUGCCUGCCGACAGUUUCUGUGAGGUGGUCAAUGAUGGUAGUUAAGUGGGUUGUGGUCAGUGAGGAUGGUUGGUCACUGGGGAAAAGACAUACAGGACAUUAUGUAUUAGGUUGCUCUAUUCUUGCUCUUUGUCUAGGAAGUUCAAGAUUUGACAGAAAGCAGCACACAGCCUUAUAUUUCAGAGGGGUUUUAUAUCACACUGUGGAGGAUGUGUCUGUGUGACAGCUACUAGAUCAGUAUUCCCACUCCACAUCCCACGCAUGGCGUUUACCCAUUGAUUGUCAUAAAGAAGCAUAAAUACAUGUAGUGUGAUUCUAUACCCAUGUAGCCCACGUGAUUCCACUCACCUGCAUUGGUAGGAGCAUCCACCCUAUAGGCAGUGUGACCACGGUCAUUUCCAGCUCCCUAAAAUGGAAGUAGUUCUGCCGAGGAUCGGUUCUUAGUGGUCUCCCAAAUGACAAUCACACCUUGACCCAAACCAAACCAGACCUAGGAGCCGAGGAAGAACCUGUUAGAUCUGAGAUGUUCUUCUCUCAGGUCAGAUAUACCAAAUCUACACACACACACUAACCUACGACGGCUGGGCUCUGUAAGGGGACCGAUUGAAAUGACAUCGGCACAGAAGCACAAAACAUACACAAGCGCAUGCAUGCACAAACUUACGCACACACGCAAACACUGUCAAUGUGUCACAGUAAAUGUGUUUUCACAAAACAAAUGUUAAUGUAUUUACAUACCCAUACCCAUAUGCAUAGCUCACAUAGAGAACCAACAUCCUAACAUCCCACAGACCUCUUUUUCCCCCCAUGAUAUUGAGCUGAAAUACUGGUCGUUGUUAAUGGAGAGGAGUGUGCUGCUAGCUGCUGUGAUAAACUACCCAUCGAGUUAAGCUAGUCCUAUGAGGAGGAACUGUUGUCCCUGACAAUUUGCACAGUAAUGUCUUUCUACAUUCUAUUUGCAUUCCUUAUUCUCAGUAAAAACAUCUCCCUAUUCUCUAUUUGAAUGUCAAUCUCUGCAUCCCCUACACGGGUGAGGUAGGAUAACUACUACUGCAGGGUGCUUCCUGGGACCGUAUGUAAGGGAUGGGACUUUUUUUGGGCCCAUUGCUCAAAGCUAGGAAUGUAGGGAAAUCCCACCCCCAACCACAAGAUGCCCUGCCCCUUACAGAUACGUCCAGUCCCCCCAAAAGGGCUAUCAGCUGAGGUCACUUUUCAGUUCAUAGUGUUGCCUAGCAACAGUGCACCAACGUGCAACGGUCCCCAAGGGGUACACAGCAACGAUUUUAGAACAGAGAGAUUAAUUCAUAAAUUACUUCUGACAAAGAGCGAGGGAAAGGGAGAGAUUAUGUCUGGAUGAAUAAAACACAUUUUCAUUUGUAAAGAUGGAAAGAGUGUGAGAGAGCUGGAUCUACAAAAUAUCUUGAUAGGGGGACAAUAAGGGGGGAUAAUAUGGGGGAAUAAUACGGGGGAAUAAUACACGUAAAGAGGGUAUGAGUGGGGCUUCUGGGAGAGGAUAUUGGGUCAGGUCAACAAACACUCCCUUAUACUCCUCCAAUCUGUUUGCAUGCACCUUAAUGUGUGAUAUUCAAGGCUGUGGUCAUGCAUUUUCUCUCCGUAAGACUACUGUUGCUGUCAACUCUGAGCAGGCCUGAUUUUGACCCCUCCCUCAGUCUCAUGCAUACUGCCUGGUGGCCCCUGAAUGUAAUUGGUCAUAUUGAAGUGCUGUACAGUAUUGUCCAAGUGCCCCCUUCCACCCACCCACCACCAUUACUCACUAGUGCUUGUAGCUGCUUUCCCCCCUACCCUAACUCCUACCCUACAUUGUACCCUAACUCCUACCCUACCUCCUACCCUAACUAUUACCCUACACUGUACCCUAAUUCCUACCCUACCCUAAUUCCUACCCUACAUUGUACCCUAAUUCCUACCCUACAUUGUACCCUAACUCCUACCCUACCUCCUACCCUAACUAUUACCCUACACUGUACCUUAAUUCCUACCCUACCCUAACUCCUACCCUACAUUGUACCCUAAUUCCUACCCUACAUUGUACCCUAACUCCUACCCUAACUCCUACCCUACCUCCU